UCAGGAUGAAACUGUGCUUAGGACUUGUAGUCGCUGCCGCCGUGUGCGUGCAGAUGGCACGGGGGCUGUCAGUUUCACGUGUAAUACUCCAAUUGAGAGCAGCGAGGUGCAAAGAACAGACGAACAGCUCGGCCUUGUCGUCCAAAUUUGCAGUUUGCAAGACCACAGUGAUGUCACCAGAUGUGGGUUUCCCGUUCACUGGAAAUGAAAUAGUGUUAGACAAUGCGCGGAAGCAGUGCGUCCCCACUGGUCUGAACUGGCUCGGAGUGACCCGAAAAAUUUUAUGCUGCAAUGCAGACCUCUGCAAACAUCAAUGGAAUUAAAACCGUGUCAACCAACACCGACAACUGCGAGAAUAACACCGGAACCGCAACAAAUAUUCAACCUUGUAACCAUGAUUGUACUUGUAUUUUCUGCCAUAACUUAUUCAAUACAAUA